AUGCCCUUUCAACCGAGAACGGGAGGUCAGAGACCCACAACACCCGUAUCGACCACAGUCCCUGAUAUCAUAAACUGGCCGAUUCAGAAACGGAAAAUGUGGCAUGGAAAGGGCCACCUCCCUCCGUGGAUUGAAGUCCGCCGGGUGGCAAGGGGAGCGGUUGAUGACGGCCUCGAGACACAUUCUCUUGAAGAGCUUGUCGACGUCGUCACCCAACCUUGUAGAGAGGCUGGGCUCAAGGCCGCAAGGAACAAGCGUGACGAGGACGCCCAGGUUAAGCGGGAGUACCAUAAUAUGGUCAUGGAUCUUCUACAGCGCAAGUGCACACUAGUAAACGACACGCGAGGAACGCAGCAGUCAAAGUCGCCGCCAAAUUCCUGCUUGGCCAAAGCUAAUACUCGGAGCCUUGAGGACCUGCAUGUCGAGCUGAAGGUUCAAGAGCGGGCUUAUGGGAAGGUAGAAGCGCCAAAGCAGCCCGUCAUAAACAUUCCUCAACACACCGGUUUCUACGCUAGCUUCUUCAACGGCUUCUUCGCUCCAUCCUUUUUACAAGCACCUGCCCAGGAGGAAAGCGGAAGUCUCGGGGCGUCCAAAGACGAAGGGCUAGGGAGUGUGUCACCAAUGAUUGAAGGGCAUAAGCCCGCACCGGUCAAGGAAAGUCCUGAUGAUAUCUUGAAGGGUUGGGUGGACGUUGAAAAUGAGCUAGACCCGAAACAUGGCCUGGCGUAA